GCGGGGGGAGCAAGCGCCCCAGCACAUGCGAUGAGAGGGGAGGAGCCAUUGCGGGUGUUGCAGCCGCUGCUGGCUCUGGACGCAGGGCGGUGGGUGAAGCUCAUCUGCGGGGCCAGCUUCGAGGACGUGGCGGAUGUGCGCAACCUUGCCUUCGUCUACACGCUCGCAGGAGUGGACUGCAUAGACUGUGCGGCAGAGCCAGCAGUGGUGGCAGCAGCAGCGGAGGGGAUAGAUGCAGCCAUGGCGUGGGCGGCAGGGGAGGGGAGGGGCGGCGGUGAAUGGGGGAGAUGGGAAGGCGGCCGUGGGUGAUGGUCAGUGUGAGCGAUGGGCGGGACCCACACUUCAGGAAAGCAGUCUUUGACGCGUCUCUCUGUCCGCCUGCCUGCCCUCCCCUGUGAGCGAGUCUGCCCCGCCGCUGCCAUCCGCUUCCAUGCUGCUGCUGCCACCAGCGAUGCUGCAACAAGCACGGGUAGCAGUGCAGACAGUGUGGGCGGCGUGAUUGCGGAUCGCUGCUAUGGGUGUGGGCGGUGCAUCCCUGUGUGCCCCUUUGGCAUCAUCUCGGCAGAGGAGCACCAGCGAACACACGAAGACACGCUGACGCUCUUGGGCGGCGGGCUUGUGGAUGCUAUAGAGAUUCACACUCUGCCAGGGCACGUGGAAGCGUUCAAUGCCUUGUGGGCCUCGAUUGGUGAAGCAGCCGGCUCGCUGAAGCUAGUAGCUGUGAGUCUGCCUGACCUGGGUGGCGCCAUGCACCAUGCCAUGCAUGCCAUGUACCGCACCAUGCACCCACACCUCUCGGCCGCUAACCUAUGGCAGUUGGACGGCCGGCCCAUGAGUGGGGACAUAGGCGCCGGGGCAACACGUGCCACAAUCCGACUGGCUGCCAGAGUGGCUGCUUUUGAGGAUAGGCCGCCAGGUUACCUACAGAUCGCAGGCGAACCAACAGUCACACUUUCACCUCGUUACAAGAUCAUGGAAUGCUGCCUUCUGCUUCUUCUGGUGAGUUCAGCACCCCACUCUGCUGCAGUGCUGCCCGUAUUAUUGUCGCCCCUGUUGAUCCUCCACUGCAGUCAGCAUGGCCUCACCCUAUUCAGCUCUAUUGGUGCCAUUCCUGCUUGCUCAUGCGUCACCACCCAUGCUCCUCAUGCGUCUCAUAGCGCCGAUGAUGUUCUCUCCUGCACCUAUCUCUCACCAUUCAUGCUUUCACAACACUGAAAUGUAAUGAAUCAGAAUGUCGUUGGGAGUGCUUUCUAACCCAGCUGUUCUUUGAAGCGCUCUCAGGCAACAUCAUUGAUCCACGCUAACCGAGCACUUUUCUAUCUCACAGAUCACAGGCUUGCAGUUGCAGGUGUGGCCUUUGGCGGUCAUGCACGCAAGCCACGAUGAUUGCGUUACACGCCCUUUGUCAGAUCCUGGCUCCAGUCCUUGGCCGUCUUGAUGCGGCACAUUCCAUUGGCACAAACGAGGCUGCUACGCCAACACCACGCAUGGCCACGUCACAGUCUCCGUCGCACGUUGAGAGCCAGCUGCCUCUUCUGCUCGAGGCAUUGGAGCUUGCAUGUGCCUUGGUUCAUCCGUACAAAUCACGUCUUCCAACGUAGUAUACUUUUACUCAUGAAAGAGACAAUUUGAGCCUUUCCUCC